CUAAUAGCAGGUAAGCUUACCGUUGGUCUAGACCUGGGCCCAAUGUUUGCUGAUCCCUGAGCUCUGACGCAUCCACUUGAAAACGUCCAAGUUCUUUUCCGCGAUAAGGACCUGUCGCUAUCCUCAAGUCUUUCCAACUCUUCCCCUCUUCCACUCCAUUUCCGCCCCCACUCCCUUCGCUUCACUGCUCCUUCGCCAUUCGUAAACCCACCGCCUGUUCAGGGCCUUACGAGUAAAGCUUCGACGAUGGUAGUCCUCGAUGGCUAUGAAUUCCUAACCGAGGAAGAAAAACGUCUGAAGCAGGACCGAAAUCGCGAAAAGUACUGGAAGAAAUGGGGCCCUUACGUCGCCGAGAGGCAAUGGGCAACAGUGCGGGAAGACUAUAGUGCCGACGGCGACGCCUGGAGCUACUUCAAUCAUGAUCACGCCAGGUCUCGAGCCUACAGAUGGGGUGAAGAUGGAAUUGCAGGUGUGUCAGACACACACGGCUUCCAGAAUAUUGCCUUCGCAUUUUGGAACGAACGAGACGAUUUCUUGAAGGAGCGUCUCUUCGGACUCUCAAACCCCCAGGGCAACCACGGAGAGAGUGUAAAAGAGACCCAUUUCCAUCUGGACAACACUCCUGUAAGUGCGACACACUCCUACAUGAAGUUCCUUUACAAGUACCCUCAGGGGAAGUUCCCUUACGAAGACCUGGUCGAAGAGAACGCCCGAAGAGGAAAGGAGGACCGGGAAUACCAGAUUAUCGACACUGGUAUCUUCGACGAGAACCGAUAUUGGGACAUCUUCAUCGAAACUGCGAAAGAAUCGGACGACCCAGACGAGAUGCUCUUCCGAGUUACUGCCUGGAAUAGGGGCCCCGACCCAGCACCGAUUCAUAUCAUCCCCCACAUGUGGUUCAGGAACACGUGGUCCUGGGGUCGCGAGCCGGAGGAUAGGAAACCCUCGAUCCAGUUGCACGAUGAAGGAAUACUCAAGUCGACGCACCACUCUCUCGGUGAAAGGUACCUCGCGAUGUCUCCUUCCCCAGGCGUUGGGAGUAGUGGCGAGGACGUGUUGCCCGAGAUGAUCUUCACCGACAACGACACAAAUACCCAACUCUUGUAUGGUCAGGAAAACAAGACGCCCUACGUCAAGGACGCUUUCCACCGGUACAUUGUGAAUGGCGAAAAGGAGGCGGCGAGCCCUCGCCAGAAGGGGACCAAAAGUGCCGCAUGGUUCAGUUUCAACGAAGACGGAGGUGUGAAUCCAGGGGAAUGCGCCGUUGUUCGAUUCCGGUUCUCAAAAAAGGCAAUGGCGUAUUUCGACGAGGCCGAGUUCGACGACAUCAUGGACAUGCGACUGGCCGAGGCCGACGAUUUCUAUUACCGAAUCAGCCCACUCCCCAUGACGGACGACCUUCGCAACAUCCAACGCCAGGCCUUCUCCGGCAUGAUGUGGACGAAGCAGCACUACCUGUUCAUCUGGGACCAGUGGGCCAACGGUGAUCCUGCCCAGCCACCCCCUCCUCCCCAUAGAAAGGCGAUAAGGAACUCGCAGUGGAAACAUAUGCACUGUGAUGAUAUCCUGUCCAUGCCAGAUUCUUGGGAGUAUCCCUUUUUCGCCGCAUGGGAUAGCGCUUUCCACUGCAUAGUCCUGGCCAUGAUCGACCCUGAUUUUGCGAAGAAGCAGCUUGACCUAUUUACUCGGGAGUGGUACUGCCAUCCAAAUGGACAGCUUCCUGCAUAUGAGUGGAAUUUUGGCGACGUAAACCCGCCGGUCCACGCUUGGGCGACGUUCCGAGUGUUCAAGAUCGAGCGCAAAAUGUACGGACGACAGGACCUCGACUUUCUGGAACGGGUCUUCCAAAAGCUCCUCCUUAACUUUACUUGGUGGGUGAAUCGCAAAGACGCCGAGGACAAGAAUGUCUUCGAAGGGGGCUUCUUGGGCCUCGACAACAUUGGCCUCUUCAACAGGUCAGAACCUCUUCCUACCGGGGGCACCUUGGAACAGGCAGACAGCACUGGCUGGAUGGCGUUCUUCUGCCUCAGCAUGUUGAAUAUUGCGCUGGAACUUGCCAAGCACAGACGAAUAUAUGAGGAUAUUGCGUCCAAGUUCUUCGAGCAUUUUAUCUUUAUUAGCGAUGCCAUGACGUUCCGGACGGGUCAAAAGGACGAGAAAUCGCUCUGGAACGACGAAGACGGGUUUUAUUACGACGCCAUCUCCUGGGGCGGCCCUUGGAUUCAGCAGCUCCCCGUCCGUUCCCUCGUGGGCCUCAUCCCUCUCUACGCCACCAUGACCCUGGAGCCGGAACUCAUUAACAAACUGCCGUCGUUCAAAAAACGCGUGGACUGGUUCAUUCAGAACCGAAGUGAUAUGGCGGAGCGAAAUAUGGCAAGUCUCCAGAAGCGUGGCAAGGGCAACCGGAUUCUCCUUUCCAUCGUGAGCAAGGAUCGGCUGGAGAAAAUCUUGAAAAAGAUGCUCGACGAAGAUGAAUUUUUCAGCCAACACGGCGUUCGUUCUCUGUCGAAGUAUCACAAGGACAACCCAUACAAAAUGGAAGUCAACGGACAGACGUUUUCGGUGGGCUAUGUCCCGGGAGAGUCGGAUAGCGGCCUCUUCGGCGGUAACAGCAACUGGCGAGGGCCGAUCUGGCUGUGUGUCAACUUCCUGUUGAUUGAGUCCCUGCAGCGCUUCUUCCUCUUUUACGGGCACGAUUUCCAGGUCGAAUGCCCCACGGGAAGUGGCGACUUCAUGCACCUGGGCCAUGUUUCCGAGGAGAUCCAGCACAGGCUGCAGCAUCUGAUGGCCCGGAACAAAGAUGGCAGACGAUGCAUCAACGAUAAAAAUGACUUGCUAGAUUUCGAUCCCCAUUGGAAAGACUACCUUUGGUUCUACGAGUUCUUUGACGGCGACACGGGUCGUGGCCUAGGAGCCACUCAUCAAUGCGGCUGGACGGGCCUGAUUGCCCGUUUGAUUCAUGACACUGGGACCAACUGUCGUCUGCCACACACGCCGCGCACCCCGUCGGCCGCCAUGGCGCACUAUUUCGACGACGUGUUCGCCAGGGGGACAACCCGCCGCGGGUCUGUUACCUCCCCUCGCCACCACAUCCGGAGGUCUUCGACCGCGCGUUCCAUCGGUGCCCGGAGUGAUUUCGACACGGACAUCAACGGUGUUGAAAAUGGCCGCUCUGCCGCAACAACAAAGGACGCGGAGAAAAAUCGCGAAAGGACCGAAGCGGACGAGCGUCUGCAUCAAUACAUCAACGACCAGCUGGAAAAGUUCAAGGAAGACCAGGGUACGGACACAUAUUCGCAUCCGGACGAGUACGAGGCCAAUGCUGGUUGAUGCCGGACCUUUGGUGCUGGGUAGCCUGAUGCUCUCCGUACAACUCUGUGUUUGUGUGUGAGAGAUAAAAUGUGUGUGUGUGUGUGUGUGUGUGUGUGUGUGUGUGUGUGUGUGUGUGUGUGUGUGUGUGUGUGUAUGUGGGCGC